ACCAUACUAUCUCGCGAAGAAACAGUUAUGGAUAUCCCGGUAAAGCUUGCUGUUUUAUACAUGGUGUUCUAUAGCUGUCGAGGAGCACAAUUUCCAGACAUAAAAGUACUUGAGAAUUGCCCAUAUGAUGGUUUGCCGAGAUGCCAAUUUAUAUCAAAAAUAGCGUUAAAUCCCGGAGCAUUUUGUCCAAAUGACCCGCCAUAUUAUCCAACUGUCGACGCCGUCGACGAAGAAUGUGCCACAAAAUGUUACAUUCCGGCGCCUAGAGGACCGGACCAUUGUCACUUUCUCGAAUCAUACGAAUGCAAUUAUGGAAAUCCAUGCGGUUGUACACCUACACCGACGUGCAUAAAACCAGGUGGCAAUCCACAAACUGUUCAAUACCUGACGAUCUAUUGCAAGUGCUCUCCAGGCAAUAGCUAAAAGAAAACAUGAUAUUCAACUUCGAUCGGGUUCAAUAAAGAUUAUUUUGUUUUAGGUGUACACAUAUUUUGUACACUCUCAUACUGCUUUUGUGGUCAAAUUUAAAACAGUGAAUAUUCAGAUAUUUAGAAAAACAUUAGUAUAACAUUACUAUUUAGUAAUUAGUGUAACCAUUAAUUGUAAAAAAAAACGUAUUUCAUCAUGUCAGAUAUUUCAUUUAUAUAUACGACUGUAUACAGUCGUAACUUUUUGAAGUGAAAUAAAUCGCUUUUAAAAACAAUG